GUCGACACGGAGAGAGAUCUAAAUCACGCGCGGGCCAAGUACAACCCUGCAGAGCUCCAUGGCCCGCAUCAGACUUAAACUAAAAUGAGUAGCCAUCGCCAUCGACAUGUUCCCAUUUAUAGCCUAAUCUCUUGUCCUCCUAAUCUCCCCCGCCAUCACCUCGACCGUUCAUCUUCUCUCGUCGCAAGAGCGUUCUCGAGCAUUUUCCCUCCAGAACACUUCCAGUUUCUCCGUCCUUUCGAAAGCAAAUAUGAAAGCUGAUGGGUUUACGGUCUUUCGGGAGUUUUCGAGGUUUCGGGUAUUUUUCGGGAAUAUAUGAAGAGGAGAACUACAGGAUGUUGCGCGGGAUUCGGACCGAAUCUUUUGGACAUUUGAAUGAGAGGUGAAUGAGGUGACGUGGAGGGCGAAGGGGAAAGAGGCAAGGCCAUGUCACGCGAAGCAGAACUGUAACCGCCAUACGCUUUCAAAUGGCAUCCACGUCAGACUGUUCAUCGCUCUCUCCUGGAACGGUUGGGACUCCUCUCUUCGAUCUUUUCCCUCUGCCCUCGACGCUCCCACGCCACAAUGUCCUCCAUCAAUUCGCUGUCCAUCGCAGCCUAUCGCACUUCUUGCUCUAGGGUGCUGUCGACUGACAAGAACGUCCGAUUUGGGGAGAGUUUUUCUCGUUCUGGUGGAUUGUCGAUCGAUCCUCUCUCAUUCGUUGUGAGAGAUGCGUCGAAUUUCAGAAUUCGGCGUUGACCUACUUCGCGUCGACCUGGGGCUUCUUAUGAUUGAUUCAAAUCUGGUUCCGAAAUUUUGGGCAUUCAUCAAAGCAACGUCUUCUGCUUUUAUAGCGUGAUCGUUGUGACUAGCAACAACGGUGCUGAUCUCCGGUAGCUAGAGGCAUGCCCGCAUGAAUCUCGCUUGUAAUCUGUACCUGGCUUACAUGGCAAUUGCAGUAUGAUCACCUACCUGCCGCAGUAGUAAGGUCGAAUCUAGUGCACAGUGAGCUCGCAUGUCUGGAGAUAAGAUUCGGUUGACGCACUCUGUUUCAUUUCGAAACUAGAGGUUAAGCGCCUGGGAGUUUAUGGAUAGUCCGGUCUUAAGUUUCUCUCUUCUGUAGAAAAGUAUCCAGUUAUGAAAGCUGGUGACUUUUGCGCAAGGGACUUUCUCCUAAAUGAACUCACUGAGAGUAGAGAGACCUUCGUCUGCGGUCUAAAUUUUACAAGGAAGAGUACAUUAGUGCCCAGAAUGAACUGUUUCUGGCUUUGUCUAGCUCAGAUGAGUGUCUACCUAUUUCACCUUGGUAGAGGAAAUUGGUUCUGGAGACUGCCUGUUGCUCAUAGGCAAUCAGUUGUGUGUCUGUUGUCUGGAUACGCCUUCGCUUGCAGCUGUAUUUAAUUUUGAAUUAUCGGAUAGUUUUAACAGACCAGAUAAGAAUACAGUAAGACAUCCGGAUGUAGAUGUAUGUCCCCUUGUUCGGGUAGACUGAACAGAGGCAUCAUAGAUAUGAGAAAAUUGAGGCUUAGCAGAGGGUCUACAGAGCACGCUGCAGAUUUUUCAGCAAAGGGCGAGAACCAAGAGGAAGCAGCAACAUCAACCUUUAGGAAAAUAUACCAAGACCAGCCUGAAGGAUCAAGUGUUCACGAAAGAUUGACUUGUUAUGAGUGAUCAGGAUCCAGAGUUCUAAAGCAAGCGGAUGCAGUCAAGAUGUUUGUUGAACAUGAAAAUCCGGAUGGGCCACAAGUAUCGCAAAUUGCACUUGUGCGUCAAGGAUCACAAACCGCAACGCUGCAGCAAGUACCAUUAGAUCCACAGAGUACCUUGGCGCGGCAAGAGUCGGUAAAAGGCACUGGAAUCUCGACGACCCUUUACAGGACUAGUUCUGGAAAAAAUGUGGCAAGACCGUUUGGGGGUAGCCCGAGCAUGUUGAAAAGGACAACAUCGGCAAAACUUCCUGCUAUUACUCAAGAGCCACCGUCAACCCUUGUCAGGAAUCUUUCCAGAACGCUUUCGAGGAGUUUUUCUAAUAAAGUUCAUCCUGGCGUGCCGCUCAAGUUUGGAAUUACACAAGAAGAAAUAAAGAAGCUUGAGGGAAGCUUUGAGGAGCUUAAAAAACGUGGAGGAGUGAGGGUUGUUAUGCAUGCGCUGCGAAUAACUGCUGAUAGGGGAGUCGAAGGCGAGCCGGAAGAAAUUAAGAAACGGACGGAGUCUUUCGGUUCCAACACCUAUCCUGAGAAGAAACGCAAACGUUUUUGGCAAUACGUCUGGGAGGCCCUACAAGAUGAGACACUGCUCAUCUUAAUAGCCUGUGCUAUCGUUUCUUUAGUAGUUGGUUUAACAACAGAGGAUCCCAAAAGUGGCUGGUAUGAUGGUGCAGGCAUUGCAUUCGCUGUUAUUUGUGUUGUUUUGGUUGCCUCGAUUAGUGAUUGGAGACAGUCACUACAGUUUUUGGAGCUCACUGCGGAAAAGCGAAAGAUUUAUAUAAAUUGUACGAGAGGCGGAAGGAGAUGUAAAGUUCUUAUCUUUGAUCUUGUGGUCGGCGACAUUGUCCAUUUAAAUGUUGGUGAUCAGAUCCCAGGUGAUGGCCUUCUUGUGGAAGGUCAAUCGCUUGUUAUUGACGAGUCUAGUAUGACUGGUGAGAGCGACCCUAUGAGCAAAGAUGAUGACCAUCCCUUCAUGCUCUCUGGAUGCAAGGUCCUCGAUGGCUUCGGUACUAUGGUGGUGACUGCUGUAGGAAUGAAUACUGAAUGGGGCAAAGUCAUGGCUACUCUGAGUGAGGACACUGAUGAAUCAACUCCACUUCAAGAACGGCUGGAUAGCUUGGCCACUACCAUUGGAAAAAUCGGUCUGAGUAUCGCUGUGAUUGUUUUCGUGGUGCUGCUUAUACGGUUCCUAGCAACAACUGAUCUCAAGCAUUUCACUGGAGAAGAUGGUCGAAAAAUUGUUGAUUUUUUUGCGAUUGCUGUGACGAUCGUGGUAGUGGCUGUUCCUGAAGGGUUACCCUUGGCAGUUACACUCACAUUGGCCUACUCCAUGUCGAAAAUGAUGGAUGACCGAGCCCUUGUUCGGCACCUACAAGCUUGUGAGACUAUGGGAUCUGCUACAGCGAUAUGUAGCGAUAAGACGGGCACACUUACUAUGAACCAGAUGACCGUUGUGAACAAUUGGAUUUGUGGGAAAUUGAGAAAGACCAUAGGGUUUGACGAAGAUGUUUUCACUGAAGGAGUCGUUGAGAUUAUAUUCCAGAGCAUCUGUCUCAAUACAAAUGGGAACGUACACUUUCCUACGGAUGAGACCUUGCCCGCUGAAGUGUCAGGGACUCCCACAGAAAUUGCAGUCCUCACGUGGGGUGUCAAGUUAGGAGCCAGGUUCGAAGAAGUGAAGAAAGACAUAAAAACGGUUGCAGUGGAAACUUUUAAUUCAACAAAGAAACGUAUGGGUAUCAUUUUCCGAACAAAAGAUGGUAAACCAUGGCUUCACUGGAAAGGAGCAGCUGAAAUCAUGCUCGAGCAUUGCACUGGCUACAUGCAAGCCGAUGGGAGUGUUGAACCCAUAACAGAGCAAAGAAUGGAGGAGCUUCAGCUGAUUAUCAGCGCCUUUGCAAAUGCUGCUUUGCGCACAUUAUGUUUUGCUUUCAGGGAGAUCACGGAAGCAGAGGUGGAAUCUCUUACUCCUGAAAAGCUGAAGGCCGAGGGAUUCCCCGAGUCGAACCUUACUUGUCUUGCCAUUAUCGGUAUCAAAGAUCCCUGCAGACCUGGUGUACCUGAAGCUGUAGCGAAGUGCCAAUCAGCGGGCAUAAUUGUCCGAAUGGUGACUGGAGAUAACAUCCAGACGGCGGUGGCGAUAGCAACUGAAUGUGGUAUAUAUCAGGAAGGUGGAACUGCCAUAGAGGGCAAGGACUUUCGAGUAAUGACUCCAGAGGAGCAGUAUGAAGUCCUUCCCAAUGUUCAGGUGAUGGCCCGUGCUUCGCCUACGGAUAAGCAUACGUUGGUAAAGCGCUUGCUGGAGAUGGGGGAAAUUGUUGCUGUUACUGGUGAUGGCACAAAUGAUGCCCCAGCAUUACAUGAGGCAUCUAUUGGACUGGCAAUGGGAAUAGCUGGCACUGAAGUUGCAAAGGAAGCUUCUGAUAUUAUCAUUUUGGAUGACAAUUUUUCAUCCAUUGUGAAAGUUGUGAUGUGGGGAAGGUCUAUCUACGUAAAUAUUCAAAAAUUUAUCCAGUUUCAAACCACCGUCAACGGUGUUGCUCUGGGAAUCAAUUUUGUGGCUGCCAUCGUGGAUGGGCACGCUCCUUUGACAGCAGUUCAGUUGUUAUGGGUAAAUCUGAUCAUGGACACCUUGGGCGCUCUGGCGUUGGCUACUGAACCACCAAAUGCCAGCCUUAUGGACAAACCACCGGUUCAGAAGAGUGAGAGACUCAUCUCGAACAUCAUGUGGCGAAAUAUAUCUGGCCAGUGUGCAUAUCAAUUGGCAAUGCUUUUAACAUUACAUUUCCAGGGACUAAAUAUCCUUGGUCUCUACCACCUAAAGGGUAGAAAUCCGGAACAACUGACGGGCACCGAUAAAGAAGAAUAUGAGAAAGCACACGAGAUUCUUGUGUGCAUGAUCUUCAAUGCAUUCGUCUUUUGCCAGAUUUUCAACGAGGUCAAUGCAAGAAAACCUGACAAGUUUAACAUUUUUAAAGGAUUUUUCAACAACCGUCUAUUUCUGUACGUGUUGAUUUUUACAGUUGGAAUUCAGAUAUUGAUUGUCGAGUUUGCGGGUGUUUUUACCUCCACCUGCCAUUUGCGUUGGGAUAGAUGGUUGAUCUGCGUUGCUCUUGGCAUAUUUAGCUGGCCUUUGGCGGUUGUUGUCAAGCUGUUUCCUGUUCCUGAGAAGCCGUACGUGUCCUACCUCUUAUUUUGGAGGAAGGACGAACCACAGAGAUUAUUUAGUGUAAACUCAGAAGGAGAUUCUGAGCUCACUUCACCAGGACUCUCAGGACUGUCAUCGGAUGACAGUGAGGUUUCUCUGCCACUAUCUCCGUACAUGCCACGCGAGGCCGGCUUUUUCACCCGUCUCAAAUAUGCAUUUUUCCCAUCUACUAUUCCAGAUGUUAUUGUGCAGCAGCCAAGGCUGAAAGAACCCAAUGCCUGGGCGUGAACAGGAUCCAGGAUAUGGAUAAGGCGGGUGAGGCAGAAGUUCCGUUAGAACCAUUGAGCUCAUAGGAGCUGAUUAUGUAAUACCAUGAUUCUCACUCCUGCUAGGAUGUAUUUGCUUAGACGCUAUCAUCGAGAUACGUUAGGCUGCGCACGUUUUCUCGGGUUCCUCUAAUUCUCGUCCUUGGACCCUUUUCUUGGCCCAACAGUGUACAGAACUUCAUUCAUUAUCUCCAGUCCUUGUUUCAGAUCGUCUGUACAUAUUUGGAAGAGUUCGCAAAUAAACAGCACUACGGUGCAUGUCUCCCACAAAUCACAACCCAUCAAUUUCGCAGGAUUCAGUAGCGAAUGUUUUGCUGCAUCCUCUAUGACAGUGGUCUCCCAAUUUUUUUUCUUCGAAAUUAUCGUAGCAGAAGAUUCUCUUCCAAUUGUGAACUUGGGCAUGUA